UCUUGGGCUGUGAUUCCUGGCGCGGCUAUAAAUGACAGGUUCCAGGCCCAUUUCCCUUUCAGUAUCGACCCAACGACGCAGUCGCAAUGAAUCGCUGGCUAAGCUUUCUACUUUUAGUUGGAGCGCUCGCUGUCCCGGGCGGGCGGUGCAACACGAUCAAGGAGCGCAAUCUGUUCGCCACGGAGCUCUUCCAGACCCUGGCCACGGAGCGGCAGGACGAGAAUGUAAUCAUCUCGCCCGUGUCCAUUCAGCUGGCUCUGGGCCUGGCCUACUACGGUGCGGAGGGCAGAACCGCCACGGAGCUGCAGAAGACGCUGCACGCCUCGGCCAAGGAGAGCAAGGACGGGCUGGCCGAGAGCUACCACCGCCUGCUGCACUCCUACAUCAAGUCCAAGACGGUGCUGGAGAUCGCCAACAAGGUGUACACGCGGGAGAACCUCAAGGUGGCGCCACACUUCCGCGAGGUGGCCCAAAAGUACUUCGACUCGGACGUGGAGGCGCUCGACUUUAGCCGCGAAACGGAGGCCGUGGAUCGCAUCAACGCGUGGGUGAAGCAGGAAACGCAGCAGAAGAUCGAGCGAGUGGUGGACAGUGUGGAGCCGGACACCAAUGUGGCGCUGGUCAAUGCCAUUUACUUCAAGGCACGCUGGGCGCGGCCCUUCAACGAUGAGGACACGCGCGAACGCGACUUCUGGCUGAGCGAGGGACUGUCCGUCCAAGUGCCCACGAUGUUCGCGGACAACUGGUACUACUACGCGGACUAUCCCGAGCUGGAUGCCAAGGCCAUUGAGCUGUUCUUCGAGAACAUCAACAUGACCAUGUGGUUCAUUCUGCCCAACCAGCGGACGGGUCUGCGCGCUCUGGAGGAGCAGCUGAAGGGCGUGGACUUCAAGCUGCUCGAGGAUCGCUGGCAGUACCAGAGCGUGUCCGUUUACUUGCCCAAGUUUAAGUUUGAGUUCGAUACGGAUCUGAAGCCCACACUGAGCAAGAUGGGCAUCAGCGCCAUGUUCUCGGAUGCCGCGGACUUCAGCAACAUUUUCGAGGACUCGCCCAUUGGCACGCGCAUCAGCCAGGUGCAGCACAAGACGUUCAUCGAUGUGAAUGAGAUUGGCUGCGAGGCAGCAGGCGUUAGCUAUGCCGCUGGGGUGCCCAUGUCGCUGCCCCUCGAUCCGAAGACCUUUGUGGCCGAUCAUCCAUUUGUGUUCAUCAUACGCGACCAGCAUGCGGUCUACUUCACCGGACACAUCGUCAAGUUUUAGCUAUUAUUCAGCUCUCAUAUCGUAUCAUUGAAAGUACAUUUGUAAUCGCUUCAUUAAUGAAUAAAUUGGAACUCGUUUCCCAUUCGAUCUAGA